AUGAACUGUUCAGUGACCACUUCGGACUGGGGAAGAGAGAUUGUGAAUUGUAUAGUUUGUGCCAUUGCACAGGGAUGUGAUCCAAAUCGGUGCUCAGAUACCUACCCUAACUGUGGACCUGGAUUUGAACUUAAGGGAACCAUCAAGGAAGGACAUUGUUGUCAUACUUAUGUUUGUGAACCAAAACGCGUUUGUGUUAGUGGAAAUGCUGAAUACUUGCCUGGAUCUCAUGUUUACUCAGAGAAGUGUGAGAAUUGUGUCUGUGCACAACAUGGGAAGAAUUAUACAAUUUCCUGCAACCCAAUUGUCUGCAACAUAAAGUGCCCAGCUGGAUUUAAGGUGAAUAAAAAUUCCCCAUCUGACUGCUGUGGUUCCUGUCAGCAAACCAACUGUGUGGUGAAUUAUGAUGGCUCUCACAGGCUUAUGACUCCUGGAGAUGUGCUGCCCUCCAUGAAUAAUAAAUGCACAGUGUACAAAUGCUCAUUAAUCAAUGAUCAGUUCGUCACCACUGUUUCCCAAACCUCUUGCCCCUUAUUAAAUGAAGAAGACUGUGAGCAUGGAAGCAUUCAACUCUCACCUGAUGGAUGCUGUAAAACAUGUAUCCAUAAGAACGACUCCUGCAAGGUACAAGCAUCUGAUGAUUACUUGACCUACCAAGGGUGCACAUCUGUAACAAGGGUGAAAAUGUCUCGCUGUGAAGGAUCCUGCAGAACAUCUGCAAUGUACUCUGCUCAUGCAAAGACUAUGUCUCAUACAUGUUCUUGUUGCCAAGAGGUUCAGACUACAACAAAUGAAGUCAAGCUGCGGUGCCCUGAUGGAACAUCACUUGAUUAUAAGUACAUUGAUGUGCAGGAGUGCCAGUGUACUGGCACUAAAUGUCCAGAUGGAAACGUCUAGUCUAAACAUUUAAAUCUUUAAGGAGGUAUUUUAAUUAAAUAGAAAUGAUACAUGUUAUAAUCAUUUUACUUUCAAAUAAAUUCACUGUUAAUUUGUAUGAUUUAUACGUUUGCCUCCUAAAAAUAAAAAUCUUUUCUUAUGCAA